AUGGCUGAAGAAUCCAUGUUCAAGGCCGAAAACUUGGGCGCAAAGUACGACGUCUCCAGCGGUCACAAUUUGCCCAUUAAAGAACUUCCGCUCCCCAAAUCCUUCAAAUGGGGUACUGCUACUGCUGCAUACCAAGUUGAGGGCGCCGCCAACGCCGACGGCAAAGGCCCAUCUAUCUGGGACGAAUAUACGCACCGAGUGCCUUCGCGAACGAACAACCAGAAUGGCGACAUUGCCUGCGAUCAUUACAACCGGGUGGCCGAAGAUAUCGAGUUGAUGAGUUCGUUGGGCACCGAAGUCUACCGAUUCUCUCUAUCGUGGUCGCGAAUCAUCCCGCUUGGUGGCCGGAAUGACCCAAUCAACGAGAAAGGCAUCGAGUUCUACAACAACCUGAUUGACCAGCUGCUGGCUCGCGGUAUCGAACCAUCUGUCACAUUAUAUCACUGGGAUGCACCCCAAGCUCUAUACGACCGAUACAAGGCAUUCCUGAACACUGAUGAGUUCCGGGCUGACUACAUCCGCUACGCCCGACUCUGUUUUGAACGAUUUGGUGAUCGAGUCAAGCAAUGGGUCACAUUCAACGAGCCUUACAUCAUUUCAAUUUUCGGUCACCUCAACGGCACCCUCGCACCUGGCCACCGCGCUCAAGACGGCUUCGAUACUAAACACGAACCUUGGCGAGUUGGACAUACCCUCAUCCUCUCCCAUGCGUCCGUAGUUCAGCUGUAUGCCAAGGAGUUUCAGCCAACACAAAAAGGCAGCAUCUCCAUUGUUCUGAAUGGCCACUUCUACGAGCCAUACUCAGACAGCCAAGCCGACAAGGAUGCAGCUGUGAAAAGGCUCGAGUUCUUCAUCGCCUGGUUUGGCGACCCGAUCUUCCUGGGAACGGACUACCCUGCCUCAUUGAAAGAAUACCUUGGCGACAGACUUCCCUCUUUCACCCCCGAGGAGCAUGAUCUCCUUCGCGACACUGCAGCUAUCAAUGCUUUCUACGGCAUGAACCAUUACUCCACAAAAUAUGCUCGCGCCUUGCCUGACCCUCCCGCAGAGGACGACUGGACAGGUAACAUUGAAGAGGGCCCCGUCGAUCACAACGGCGUUGAAAUCGGACCCGUCUCCCAGAUGCCGUGGCUUCGCAUUGCGCCAGAGGGCUUCAGAAAACUUAUGAACUGGGUGUGGAACAGAUACCAUCUUCCGAUUGUGGUGACAGAGAAUGGAUGCCCCUGUCCUGAAGAUAGUGUGGAGACCGCCGUGGACGACAAGUUCCGCCAGAGAUACUUCGGUCUGUAUUUGGACGCCAUCUCUCGAGCAAUUUACGAGGACGGAGUCAAGGUCGAAGGCUAUUACGUCUGGACUUUGAUGGAUAACUUUGAAUGGUCGGCUGGUCUAGACCCCAAGUUUGGCAUCGUCCAUGUCGACUUUGAUAGCGGGAGUCUAAAGCGAACACCGAAGAACUCAGCACUGUACUUGAGGGAUACAUUCAAGCAGAGACGACAGGAGAAGGAAUAA